UGCGGCGCCCAGCCAGCCACCUCCUGCCGGCUGCGGACGCCUGCGAGCAGGUUGUUGUUUUUAUAAGAAGCGUCGUUGGCGCUCGAGCUGUGACCGCCGCCGGUGGGGCAGCCUGCGCAAUCCGGCGGAGGUGGCGCUGCCCCUUCAGACCUGAAAAAUGUCUGAAAAUUCCAGUGACAGUGAUUCAUCUUGUGGUUGGACAGUCAUCAAUCAUGAGGGGUCCGAUAUAGAAAUGGUGAAUUCUGUGACAGCCACUGACAGCUGUGAGCCCACCCCAGAAUGUUUAUCUUUAGAGCAAGAGGAGCAGAUAGAGCAGGGAGAAAGCAGCCAAAAUGGCACAGUGUUUAUGGAAGAAACUACUUAUCCAGCUUUGGAGGAAACGAGCUCAACAGCUGAGGCAGAGGAAGAAAAGACAACUGAAGACAGUAUCUACAUUGGGACUGCCAGUGAUGAUUCUGAUAUUGUUACCCUUGAGCCACCAAAGUUAGAAGAAAUUGGAAGUCAAGAAGUUAUCACUGUUGAAGAAGCACAGAGUUCAGAAGACUUUAACAUGGGCUCUUCCUCUAGCAGUCAGUAUGCAUUCUGUCAGCCAGAAACUGAAAGAUGGUGGGAGAAGCUGUGGAAGAUUCCUGAAUGCAUAUGGGGAUGGGAUGAUCAACUGAAACACCAUGUUCCCAGCCAGCUCGCUUUCCAAGUAUUUUCGUCUCAGCCUAGUGAUGAUGAAUCAAGUAGUGAUGAAACCAGUAAUCAGCCCAGUCCUGCUUUUAGACGACGCCGUGCUAGGAGGAAGACUGUUUCUACUUCAGAAUCUGAAGAACGGCCACUUGCUGAACAAGAAACCGAACCUUCUAAGGAGUUGAGUAAACAUCAGUUCAGUAGUGGUCUCAAUAAGUGUGUUAUACUUGCUUUGGUGAUUGCAAUCAGCAUGGGAUUUGGACAUUUCUAUGGCACAAUUCAGAUUCAGAAGCGUCAACAAUUAGUCAGAAAGAUACAUGAAGAUGAACUGCAUGAUAUGAAGGAUUAUCUUUCCCAGUGUCAACAGGAACAAGAACCUUUCAUAGAUUAUAAGUCAUUGAAAGAAAACCUUGCAAGGUGUUGGACACUUACGGAAGCAGAGAAGAUGUCCUUUGAAACUCAGAAAACUAACCUUGCUACAGAAAAUCAGUAUUUAAGAAUAUCUCUGGAGAAGGAAGAAAAGGCCUUGUCUUCAUUACAGGAAGAGUUAAACAAACUAAGAGAACAGAUUAGAAUACUGGAAGAUAAAGGGACAAGUACUGAAUUAGUUAAAGAAAAUCAGAAACUUAAGCAGCAUUUGGAAGAAGAAAAGCAGAAAAAAUACAGCUUUCUUAGUCAAAGAGAGACUCUGUUGGCAGAAGCAAAGAUGCUAAAGAGAGAACUGGAGAGAGAACGACUAUUAACUACAGCUUUAAGGGGGGAACUCCAUCAGCUAAGUGGUAUUCAGUUACAUGGCAAGUCAGAUUCUCCCAAUGUAUUUACUGAAGAAAAGGAAAUGGCAGUCUUACGGGAAAGACUCACUGAGCUGGAACGGAAGCUAACCUUCGAACAGCAGCGUUCUGAUUUGUGGGAAAGAUUGUAUGUUGAGGCAAAAGAUCAAAAUGGAAAACAAGAAACUGAUGGAAAAAAGAAAGGGAGCAGAGGAAACCACAGGGCUAAAAAUAAGUCAAAGGACACAUUUUUGGGUUCAGUUAAGGAUACAUUUGAUGCCAUGAAGAAUUCUACCAAGGAGUUUGUGCGGCAUCAUAAAGAGAAAAUUAAGCAGGCUAAAGAAGCUGUGAAGGAAAAUCUGAAAAAAUUCUCAGAUUCAGUUAAAUCUACUUUCAGACAUUUUAAAGAUACCACCAAGAACAUCUUCGAUGAAAAGGGUAAUAAAAGAUUUGGUGCUACAAAAGAAGCAUCCGAAAAACCGAGAACAGUUUUUAGUGACUAUUUACAUCCACAGUAUAAGGCACCUACAGAAAACCAGAAUAAUAGAGGUCCUACUGUGCAGAAUGAUGGAAGGAAAGAAAAGCCAGUUCACUUUGAAGAAUUCAGAAAAAAUACAAAUGCACAGAAAUGCAGUCAUGGGCAUGAUUGUAGAGACAAUUCUCAUUCUUUCAGAAAGGCUUGUUCUGGUGUAUUUGAUUGUGCUCGACAAGAAUCCAUGGGCCUUUUUAACACAGUGGUGAAUCCUAUAAGGAUAGAUGAAUUUAGACAGAUAAUUCAAAGGUACAUGUUAAAAGAACUGGAUACUUUUUAUCACUGGCAAGAAUUUGAUCAGUUCAUCAGUAAGUUUUUCCCAAAUGGUGUCUUUCUACAUGAUCAGAAGCUCUUCACUGACUUUGUCAAUGAUGUUAAAGAUUAUCUUAGAAACAUGAAGGAAUAUCAAGUAGAUAAUGAUGGAGUAUUUGAGAAGUUGGAUGAAUAUGUAUAUAGACACUUCUUUGGUCACACUUUUUCCCCUCCAUAUGGACCCAGUCGACCUGAUAAAAAGCAACGUAUGGUAAAUAUUGAAAACUCCAGGCAUCGAAAACAAGAGCAGAAGCACCUUCAGCCACAGCCUUAUAAAAGGGAAGCCACUGUUAAUGGACACAUUAGGAUCUCUGAGAAUACCAAGAACAGGCUUUGCCACUGGAAAAGAAUGAGCUUAUUAAGACAGCGUCUUGCUCUAUCACCCAGGCUGGAGUGCAGUAGUGUGUGAUCAUGGCUUACUGCAGCCUUGACCUCCUGGACUCAAGUGAUCCUCUUACCUCAGACUCCCAAGUAACUAGGACUAUAGGUGUGUGCCACCAUGACUGGCUAAAUUUUGGAUUUUCUGCAGAGAUGGGGUCUCACUAUAUUGCCCAGCUGGUCUCAAACACCCAGGCUCAAGAAAUAUUUACACCUUGGCUUCCCAAAGGGCUGGGAUUACAGAUGUAAGCCACUGUGCCUAGCCACCAUAGUCUUUUCAUAACCCAGUCUUGUAAGUGAUAUCCCAUCUCUUCUGCUGUAUUAUAUUCAUUUGAAUUGAGUCAACAAAUCUAACCCAUGUUCAAGGGGAGAGGAUUAUACAAAGACAUAAAUAGCAGGAGGAUGGGAUCAUUGGAGACCAUCUCAGAGACUGCUUACCACAAACACAUAUACAGAAAAAUGUGCUAUGAGGAUAAAGCUCUAUGAAUCAUCACUAUAUGAACACAACUGUGUAACUGCCAUACAGAGCAGGAUAAAGAGUAUUAACAGCACCCCCUCGUCCCUCCAAUCCCUACCCCCUUCACAAAAUUAACACAGAGGUAACCUUUCCCCUUCCCAAAGGUAACGACUAUCCUAAUUUCUGAUAGCAUGGAUGAGUUUUACCUUUUUCUGAAUUUUGUAAGAAUAGAAUCAUAUCAUAUAUACUCAUAUCCAAAUUCCUUAAAUCACUAUGCUUUUGAGACGGAACCAAGUUUUUUUGCAUGCUGUAGUUCAUUUACAAUACUGUGGAUUGUAACUAUGUAUGUCACACUGUAUUUAUUCAUUCUGUUGAUGGACAUUGUGCUUCCAUUUUCAGCUGUUGUGAAUACUGCUGUGAGGAACAUUCUUUUACACAUCUUUUGUUAUCCAUAUAUAUGCAUUUCUGUUAGACAUAUACCUAGGAUUGCAAUUGGUGGGCCCUAAGGUAGCAGUCCCUAACCUUUUCGGCACCAGGGACUGGUUUCAUGAAAGAUAAUUUCUUCACAAACAGGUUGCAGGGGUGGGAGUGGAGCAUGGUUUCUGGAUGAAAUUGUUCCACCUCGAUCAUUGGGCAUUAGAUUCCCAGAAGGAGCACAACCUAGAUCCCUUGCAUGUGCAGUUCACAACAGGGUUCAUGCUGGUGUAAGAAUCUGAGAGGAGGUGGAGCUCAGGCAGUAAUGCUUGCUUGCUCACCCCAUGCCAUGCAGCCCAGUUCCUAACAGUCCAGUUCCUAACCUACCAGUCCACAGCCUGGGGAUUGGGGACCCUGGCCCUAAGGUAUAAGUGCAACUAUGUGUUUAUUUAGCACAUAGUAUGUAAAUACUUACAGUUUUCCAAAAUACUGUGUAAAUACAGUUUUCCAAAAUACUGUGUUAGUUUGCAUUCCCACAGGAAUAUAUGAGUUCCACAUUGUUUUAGACAUUGGGUAGAUGUAUAGUAGUAUUUCAUGGUGGUUUUACUUUGUAUUUCCUUGAUGACAAAUGAGAUGAGUAUCUUUAUAUUUAGUGGCCAUUUUAAUAUUUCUGAAGUACCUGAUGAAGUCUUUUUGAUCAUUUUCCUAUGAGUGAUCUGUUUCUUACAGAUUUUUACAAGUUUUCUGUAUAAUCUGGAUGUAAGGGUUUAGUUGGUUAUAUGUAUUAUAGUAUCUUCUUCUGAUCUGUAGCUUGCUUUUUCACUCUUAAUGGUGAAUCUGAUAAACAAAAGUUGUUAAUGUAUUCACAUGUAUCUAUCUUUUUCUUUAUAGUUAGUACUUAUGCUCUAUUGAGGAAAUUUUUGCCUGCCUCCAGAUCAUGAGGAUCUCGUCAUGUUUUGCACAAGCACCGUUGUUUAACUUUACAUCAAGAUCUAUAAUUCCCUUGGAAUUUUUGUUCUUUGUUUUUUAUUUUUGCUUAUGCUGGGAAGGCAGGGGUCCAGAUUUUUUUUUCCAUGUGGAUAGCCAACUAUGUAUUCAUUGAAAAGACUAUCCCUUCCUUACUGUACUACAGUAUCACCUCCCUUAUAAAUAAAGUGACUACAUAUGUUUGAA